CUGUUGACGUCACAAUGAAUGUUUACUGGGAUACGUUGACAUAUAGUUUAUUGACAACACAGCAGAUUGGUGCGGUUUUUAGUUUUUGGACUCAUUUUGAAAAAUGAAUUAAAUUGAAAGUGCUUAAUAAAAAAAACAAAAAACAUCAACAACAAUUGUGCGGCCCUCAGCUGUGUAAAUAAGAGCGUCACCUGUGCUCUCCGUCAACGUUGCAGGAAGCGUUUUGUGCGCUUAUUUUGCAACCAAGAGAAAAAGAAAGAAGAAAAAAAAACCUGCCGCCGACUCUGCUGAAAAAUUCUUUAACGCAAAGCGUUAAGCGUUCACAUCAGCGUCAGCUGGAGCGCGGGGGGAGAGAGGGAGCUAAACCUAACGAUAAUACCACAACAUCGUCAAUAUGAUUCCGUUAACGCACAAGGAUCGCAGCAAUUUUGGCUAUCGCAUCAAGGAGAAAUUGAACAGCUGGAAGCGUCUCAUAUUCUCCGAUCGCAAUUCGCGCAAUUUGUUUUUAUUUCUGCUGCUCAAUUUAAGUUUUGCAUUCGUGGAGCUAUUUUAUGGCAUUUUGACAAACAGCUUAGGUCUCAUCUCGGAUUCGUUUCACAUGUUCUUCGACUGCACGGGUCUUUUAGCCGGCUUAGCUGCCUCCGUGAUUACGAAAUGGAAGGCUAACGAUAAGUUUUCCUACGGCUAUGUACGCGCCGAGGUCUUGGCCGGCUUUGUCAACAGCUUGUUCCUGCUCUUCAUUGCAUUUUUCAUACUGUCCGAGGGUGUAGAGCGUUUAAUAGAACCGCCAGAGGUGAAGCACGAGCGUCUCUUUGUUGUAUCCGUUCUGGGACUGCUUGUGAAUCUCGUUGGCAUCUAUGCCUUUAAUCAUGGCGGUCAUGGACACUCCCACGGCGGUGGCGGUGGACACGGACACGGUCACUCUCACGGAGGUGGCUCAAAUCAUGGACAUUCCCAUAGCCACAAUGAUCUAAGCAAUCACAAUCAUCAGGCAAUCACUUUGGACAAUGGUCAUGGCCAUUCUCACGAUCACGGCAGUCAUGGACACUCACACGAUCUGGUCGGAAGUGGUAGCAACUCGCAGAUAAUGCGUGGCGUCUUCCUGCACAUCCUGGCAGAUACACUUGGCUCAGUGGGCGUCAUUAUAUCGGCGGUACUUAUGCAAAUGUUUGGCUGGAUGAUAGCGGAUCCAAUUUGUUCAAUAUUCAUAGCGCUACUAAUAGCGUUAAGCGUCCUCAGUCUAAUUAAGGAGUCUAUACUAAUUCUAAUGCAACGUCAGCCCUCAGCAUUGGAUCGAUCGCUGUUACAGUGCUACCAGAAAGUAACCGGCUUGGCUGGCGUCUAUUCGGUACAGGAGCCACACUUCUGGACCCUCUGCUCCGAUGUCUUUGUCGGUGCCAUCAAGCUGGAGGUGUCGAAGAAUGUGGAUCCCACGUAUGUGGUAACGCAUACACGGAUGAUCUUUGAGUCUGUUGGCGUCAAACAAAUCUACAUACAGCUCGAUUAUGUGUGAUGAUGAAAACAUUAACUCUAUAUAAACUAUAUAUAUAUAUAUACCUAUAGAUGUAUCUAUAUAUAUUGUAUAUGUAUGAUUACUAUGUAUAUUGAGCAGCGUGUGUAUGUAUUGUAGUACGAUAAUGACCAUGUGUGUUUUUUACCUAAAUUUUAGUUUAAGCUGAAUGCGCUUAAAUGUAAACGAAAGCGAUCUGUAAAGUAUAAUCUAAUCUUAUCGAUUAAUUUUCAAAGUUUUGUUAAUUUAUUUUCUGUAACUUGUUAAUGCGAUUCAUUCCAAUCUUAUAUGAAAGCCAAGCAUAAUGAACGUAGUGCAACAAAGCAGCAACAGCUGCUGUUUAUAUAAAAAAAACCCCCUAGUGUAAUUGUAAUAUAUAAGUCGAAAAUUGUGCAUUCAAAAAAGUACACGCAAUUAUCCUUAGUCCCAUUUUUUAAAUUAUUCGAAAGAACAAAACCAUAAACACAACGUACAUAUAUAAUUUGACUGAACAAUAUUUCACAAACUUCCAUUUUUGUGUAAUGGAAAUACGAAAGAAAAUGCUAUUAUCUACUGUUGUGCUGCAUCAAAAUUAUGAACGAAAUAAAAUAGAAUUUGUUAACAUCUUUUUUACACACAAAUCUACAAUUGAAACUC